AUGCGCCAAAUGGUGGCUAAUCUGCCAAUAACCCGAAGAAGAAGGAGAAGAAGAAGAAUUACUAUUUUGGCAGUUAUGUGCAGGAGAGUGAAGGAGCUAAAUUGGUUGUUAGGAACUGCUCUGAGAUCGUAUUAAACCACUUACGACAAUCAGUAAAUUAGUACUGACAAUGUCACAACAUCGCUCCAGAAUGGUUUGAGAAUGAGUUAACGUUACGUAUGGCUCUGGUGAAAUGCGACAGACCAAGGUCCUAAGUGCUCCACGAAACGUCUCUGAAUUUACCCACCCUGGUUCCAGGAAGUAGCCUAGGUAGACACAAGGCCAGGAUGUUGAAGAGCUGGGGCCUCAUUGGUGGAAUAGUGGCAGCUAUGGCAGCUGGAGUUUAUGUCCUGUGGGGGCCAAUUUCAGACAAGAAGAAGAUGAGAAAAGGUUUGGUGCCUGGCUUGCUGAACUUGGGGAAUACUUGCUUCCUGAACUCUUUGCUUCAAGGCUUGGCAUCCUGUCCUUCCUUCAUAAGAUGGCUUCAGGAGUUCUCAGGCGCAGGGCAGGGCAGGCUUGAGAAGGCCAAUGAGCUGUCCACAACUUUGGUGCAACUACUCAAAGCUCUGUCCAGCCAUAACCCUGUAGAGGAUGAUGUUUUGGAUGCGGGGUGCCUCCUGGAUGUCCUAAGACUCCACAGAUGGCAAAUCAGUUUAUUUGAAGAACAGGAUGCUCACGAGCUCUUCCAUGUCCUCACCUCCUCAUUGGAGGAGGAGCGUGACCACCACACCGCGGUCAUCCACCUGUUUGAUAUGCAAUCUCUGGAGAGUUCCUCUGAGUCAAGAGAAAACAGUUUAUCCUGCAGAGGUCGAGGACCGUUGCAUUCCAUGCCAAGUCUGUGGAGGAACCAGCACCCUUUUCAUGGCCGCCUGAUGAGUUAUAUGGCUUGCAAGCAUUGCAAACAACAGAGCCCAGUUCGAUUUGACUCGUUUGACAGCCUUUCACUCACUAUCCCCUCUGCACAAUUGGGACGACCUGUCACUUUAGACCAGUGUCUGCAACAUUUCAUUUCAUCAGAGACCAUCAGAGAGGUGGAAUGUGUUCAUUGCACAAAGAUGCAGGCAGCAGAGUCUUUGAAUGGACAUGUUGGUGAAAAUCAGAGGACAACUUUCAUUAAGCAACUGAAACUUGGCAAGCUCCCCCAGUGCCUGUGCAUCCACCUGCAGAGGUUAACCUGGUCCAGCGAGGGCACCCCCAUCAAGAGGCAGGAGCACGUCCAGUUCACAGAGUAUCUGUCCAUGGAUCGCUACAAGCACACCGCCUCUCCUUCGAGCCUGCAGCAGACUAACUCCACCGCCCAGUCUGUUCAUCCCCAGAGCAGUGGUAUAGAAUACUGCGACAUCAAGCCUGUUUCCACCGGACGCUUUCCUUCAGUUUUUCUGCAGUCUCCUACCUUAAGCCAUCCUUUCAACUCAGCACAUGACUACUACAGGAGUUCAGAGUACCUCUUCAGAUUGACAGCGGUGCUGGUUCACCAUGGGGAUAUGCACUCUGGACACUUUGUUACCUACAGACGUUGUCCAGCUUCUCCCCGAUGCCCCUCUCCAUUCAGCUCUCAGUGGAUAUGGGUGUCUGAUGACAGUGUCCGUAAGGCCAGCCUACAAGAGGCUCUGUCAUCAAGUGCUUAUCUUCUCUUCUAUGAAAGGGUCCCUAAGCCUAGCCUCCCUACGGAAGAGUAGGGCGGAGGGACGACAAAGGAAGGUUGUCCGUUGGAUUCUUCUGGGACCAAAACACCUCGUGUGCCAUAGAGUAAAAGCCCUCCCUGCCUGUCAUUGUGUACAGCAUCAUUUGACUAAUGUACUCAAUAUCUUUCAAACCUUGUUACAUGUCAAUCUUACAAAUAUGUGAACACAUUACAUGGCUUGCUAUUACAGAUCUGGUAUCAUACAUGAUCCAUAUUAACCCUAACCCUCUGUCAGAGAGAUGUAUGACCCCACUUGACCAAAUGGCAUAGAAACAGGACUCUUGCUCUUGCUCUUGAACUCGAUCUGAACCAAAGUAUUUUUGAUUCCAUGGCCAUGAAGAGGUUUAUUGUGCUACUGUAAGGUAACAAGUCAACACAUUGUUUCAAAUGUAUAUGGCAGUCAUACUCAGUGUAACAUCAUGGAGUCCCACCAGCCAGACAUCGGGGCACUGGGCAGUGUGGGCCACGUUGGGUCUCAUCGGGUCUCAUCAUGGCCCACCACAUAGCAUUGCAUUUGGGAGCUUUAUUUUCAAAUGAAGUGUCUAAAAUGAAGGAUUUUUUUUGUUUCAAUAUGGUAAUUGUGGUUGCUCCGUAAAUCACUAAAUGCUAAGACAGAAUCUCAAUUGCUUUUCAUGGUGUAUAUCUUUCAACAAACGUGCAUCCCCUCCUGAGACGGGUGCCAUGAACGAGUGUUUCCAUGACGGUGAACAUGAUGCCUACAAGCUACCCAUGCUAUUCACUGCUUGUGAUUCUCCUGUGCGUUUCAGUAAAAAACUAAAACACAUGUAAUUCUACACUUCUACCGUCUAUGAUUUCCACGUCAUAAAGGCAGUUAAGUGCUUCGUGUGGGCAGUACAGUACAGUACAGUGACAGAAAUCAUCCAUAUUCUCUGCUGGUCCUCAUCAAAAUCAAUAGCGCCCUGUCUGUCCUUUUAUCUGACAGUGAUGCACAUAUUUUUGUCAUCGGUAGGUGUUUACUUGUUUAAUACUGAAUGAAAGGGAGUUUAAAAUAAAAGGUUAAUUAUUCUAUAUUAUCAGAGCUUAUUUUGAACUGUGUGGUGUCUAGAAGAACGGGGUCCAGACCUGCUGGUAGUGACAUAAGUUCACUCUUCUGACAGUUAAUAGUAAAGCCAGAGACAAGACAGCAAUGACAUCUGCACAUAGGGAUAUUUUAUGGUCGACACUGCCGAGCCUACCUGGUGAUCGCAAAUACAAAAAGAAGUGGAGACAGCGGACCUCCCUGCCGAGCACCCCUCUGUAGGGAGAAGGGCUUCGACCGCUCUUGGGCUGAGAUUUUGUAAACUGCGUUCAUCAAACGGGUUUUUUAACACCAGUAUAAGAAACUCUAUGAAACGUUUGUUAAACUUUCUAAUUCAGGUUCUCUGCGAAUCUCUCUGCCUCCUCUGGAGUGUUGGAACAUCAACCUGUCAGUGCCCUGGGUGAUACGAAGACAAGAGGAAUCCUGUUUGCAUACCGGCCUGCUUCAACUUCUUCCUCACCUGCUCGAAGAGCUGCCGCUGUUUCAUUAUUUUCACAGGGAGGUCAGGGUCAAAGCAUCUGGGUGGUGUGAUGUAACCUAUGGUGCUUUAUUGGACUUAUAAACACUUGGACUGUGCUACAUCGUUACUUUUGUUAUUACUUGCAGAAUGUUUAACAUUGUCAUUUGCCAGUUUUCCUUUAUAUGCUUUAUUUGCCGUUGUUUUAUUUAGCUGACUGGCGGUGUAUUUAUCCUUCACUUCCUACAUCAGAACCUUUAUAGUAGUGGUGGCGAAAUGAAGCUUCAUGAAACCUUGAAGCUUUCCAGACAGGUGUGUUGAAAAGUGGUUCAUUUCAGCAAAUACAGGAAACCACCCGAGAGACAUAGGGCAAGGAUUGACUGUUGGACUGUUUAAAAGAAACAAUUGCAAUUGCAACAAUUCAAGUGCAAUUUAGGUAAACUAAAUAUGAGAUCUAACAUGUAUAUUCUUUGCACUUCAUGGAGACCAUUUGUUCAAGCCUGUGAAAGUACUGUUAAGAUUGAAAGUUAUGAAUGUUUGUUACGUUAACCUAUCUAGGGAAGGGCACGUAAUGAUAGGUGGUUGGUUGUAAGUGAUGCCAGUAGGUGGCAGUAUAACAUCUUAAAAACACAGAGGCAGGUUUAAAAGUAUAUAGAGGAAGUUGGAUAUGAGUUGGGACACAUGAUACAAGAUGACAGCAAUAAAGGCAUCUUAUCUUGCUUGCUUAAAAUAA